GCGGUGGAGGCGUCGAUAAUGGCCGCCGCGCGGGGCGGAUUCAAAUCCACGCGACUUUGGUUGUCGGGGGCCGCGUUGAGCGCGUCGUGGGUGGGUGGGCCACGGCGGCGGCGAGUGAGCCAGUGUUGUUGAAUUGUGUGUCUGUUCCUGCCUGCGGUGCGGUGCGCGCGCCAAGUCAAGUGGGCCAAUCGUCGACUUGCGUCGCUCUCGACUUUCUCAUCUUCUCGCCGCCGUCGACCACUCCCUCUCCCAACCCUCGUCACCCCCGUCGACAACAACACCUGCCCCACACAUUGUCGACGCGCCUGACCCUCAACUUACGGCGCGGGCCCGUUUCAGUUUCUACAUUGCCCAUCCACCCUCCUCACCUCCCCCUCCCCUGAAUUAUCAACUUGGAACACUCGAACACCCAGGGCCACCGCCGCCAGUACCCCGAUGGCAAGCUCGCAGCGCUCGUCCCCGCCACCACCACUACGCGUGUCGUCGGCCUCGCAUUCGCGGAGCCACUCGCGAGCGGCGUCGCCGGGCCCGCUGUCGGCCCGAGCGCGCCCCAGUGACGUGGGCUCCUCGCGCCUGUCGCUCUCCCACCCGGCAGAGGACGACCGCGGCGUGGGACCGAGCACCAUCACGCUCACGCGCGGGCGGAGCAUCAGCGGCGGGCGCGCGAGCAUUGCCGACUCGUUUGCCACCGCCGAGGAGGGCGACAAUGACGACGACCUCGACGACAAAGGCUCCGACUUGGACCUCGACGAGCUGGAAGCCGAGCUCCGCGAGUCGGGCUCGGACUCGGAAUCGCCGGGCAAGUCGGCAUCCCUGAGCAGCUUCUCGGACGCGUUCGACUUUGAGUUUGACGAGUACGACGAGGAGGAAGAGGUCAGCGGCGAGGAGAUCGACCCCGCUCAGCCGCUGGUCCGCGGUGGACGCAGAAGACGCAAGUGGGAGCAGGAGCCCGGCGACGGCGACAAAGGCUUGUUUGAGCUCAUUCCGCCAUUGAUCCUCGCCCACCCACUCGCGCUGUUCCCCGCGCUCGCUGCGGUGCCGUACGACUUUCUGCCGGCCGGCGUCGCGCUCUUCGUGCCCGUCUUCUGCGUGCUCGCUGCGCUCAGCCUGUGCGCACACAUUGUCAUCGUCUAUCUCGCAUGGUACCUCAAGGUGUGGAGCUUUGAGGAGGUGUUCGCCAAGUGCGUCGGCGAACGCUUUGGCAAGUAUGGCCUCGGCAUUGGGCGAGCAUUUGUGCUCGUGUCGGUGAUUGGCACGACGAUCGGGUGGCUCGAGAGUGAGUCGGCGCUGUUCCCUCUCAUCAGGCCCAUCGCCGCGACAUACCUCCCCGAAGGCGUGCUGCAGUCGCGUAUUCUCUGGACGAUUGUCGCGAGCAUGGCGCUGCUUCCCGCCAUUGCGCCGUCGCGCGCGCUGCGUUCCCUCCGCAUCAUGCCAAUCAUCCUCGUCACCCUCCUCCCAGUCGUCACGUUCAUCGCGAUUGGCAGAACGUCCGAGAUUCACGACGCCAACGAGGAGGCUGGCGGACACGCCAACAGCACGUCGUUCGUGGGCGACGCUGCCAAGCACAUGACGCACGCGGUGACUCACGCAGUGACUCAUGCUGCGAGCGAGACUGUCUCGAGCGCCACCCUUCUGCGCCGUGGCCUGCGCGGUCUCUCGGCCGGCAAUGCGGGCUCGGGCCUCACUACCAUCGCAGUCUUCUUCACGCCGCACCUUCUCACACUCCCGAUCCACGGCACGCUAGCACGUGCCAAGCGCCAGAAGUUUAUCGUGCCAGUGUUGGCGACAACCGUUAUCCUUGUGGUGCUGGCCCUUCCGCUUGCCCUCGUGCCAUACUAUCUGCUCCCCGCGGCGCCGACCGUUUUCCAGCAGCUGCCAGACGACGACGGCUGGGUCAACUUUGCCCGUGCGCUCAUGUGCGCGAUUGUGCUCGGGUCCGUCAACCUCUGGCUCCUCCGCGGCCGCGACACGGUUCUGUCGGCCCUCGAGGUCGACCGCGCAGAGCGGUACAAGGCUGGUCGUUGGGUCGGCCUCGGUCUGUGGGUUCUAGUGGUCGUCUUUGCGUGCAUCGGCGGCGUCGUUGCCGACAAGAUCCAGAUCUCUGGUGUCAUGGCAACACUGGCCGUGGGCUGGUUGCUACCUUCCGUCUUCUUCAUCAUCACGUUCCACGUCCGCUCCCCGCUCGCCAUCAUCUUCCCCAACCGUGCCGCGGCGCAGGCAGCGGCUGCGGCCGCAGCAGCGACACCAGCGGCGAGCGAGAACCCGUCGCCUGCCCGCGGCGCACCACGCGCGGGGCACACGCGCACCGACAGCUUGCAGGACCCCGCCUCCGACGUGCUCCUCGCGCGCAAGGAGCGGCAGCUGCAGAAGCGCCGCCUCGGCCGCCGGCUGUGGCAGGACAUGGUGGUGUACGUCGGCAUCCUGCCAGUUGGGUGCGUGACGAUUGCGUGGAGCGUGGGGUCGUUCCUGGGUAUUUGGUAGAGUG